AUGGCUGAACUACUUGGCGUCGUGUCGGGUGCGGCGGGCCUCUUAUCAUUGGGGAUUACGAUGUGCCAGGGCAUCUUAACCUAUUACAACGCCUUCAGAGACUCUCGAGAUGAUAUUGACAAGAUGUGUGCCUCAGUAGAGGAUAUAGGUAGAAUACUACUCGCCGUUCAUUCUACUCUAUCCCAGGGGCGCUUUAACAAGCAAAUCAUCGCUAUGGUUGAUGAGAACAUUAGAUGCUGCAAAGAGGGGCUAGAUGUGUUUGCGAAGAAGCUUGAUAAAAUCCGCGCUCGUAAUCCCGAUGGCACCGUGAAGACUCAACUCGAGAAUGCGAAGCGAAAGGUCUUCUAUCCAUUUAAGGAGAGUACUCUUGUCAAGUUGCGCGAAGUUUGUGACGACCUCAAAGACAACCUCGGGUUAGUAUUAGAUGUACUGAAUAUUGAUGCAUCUAUCAUAUCUCAGCAACAUAUUGAUACUGUACUACAAUUAUCAGCUAGUAUGUCGAAUGACGUCAAACAGGUUGCGACAGACAUCCGCCUGAUGAAGUUACAGCAGGAAGCGACUAUUAUGACAGAUAUAUACGCCUGGUUGACGCCCCUCACAAUCGGUUUCCAAAAUAGACACCGGGAGAGUCUAUCAACCAAAGUCCGUCAAGAUGAGGGAGCCCGGCAGCUACUUGAGCUACCACAUUUCAAAGAAUGGAAGUCUUCUAUGGGCAUGUUGCUGUGGUGUAGUGGUUUACGGAAGACGAUAAAUGCGUCCUACAUCAUCGAGCAAUUACGACAAGAGUACAGGAAUUGCGAUGUUGGAAUAGCCUACAUAUACUUCAGUUAUAAAGAUAUCGAGAUUCAGACACCGGUCAAUAUUAUGGCGAGCAUUCUCCAACAACUGGUCUCAAGGGGACCCUUUUCAGAAGACCUCCAAGAUCUCUACGCUCACCACACGAAAGAAAAUACGCGACCCUCAGCUGGCGAUAUAGUCGAAUUACUCCAGAGUGUCGUACAUAGCUUCUCGAAAGUAUUUGUUAUCGUUGACGCAUUAGACGAGUGUUCAGAUACUGACGACGUCCGAUCAACCUGGAUAACCGAACUAAGGAAAUUGCAACAUCGAAUGUCUAUACUUGUAACAUCUAGGCCGAUCCCAGAUCUCGAAGAGUUGUUGAAAGAUUCCAUUCGCAUUACCAUUGAAGCCAGUUCUACAGAUAUCAGGAAUUAUCUCCAACAACGGAUUGAGAGUACCUCGAGUAUGAAAAAACAUCUCGCAGAUGAGCCGGCUUUGAGAGAAACAAUUAUAUCGCUGAUAUUGCAGAAGGUGAAGGGCAUGUUCCUAAUGGCUCGGCUUUAUUUGGACACGCUAAUAAACAAAACUACACGCCGUAAAAUCAAGAAUGCUCUGGAGACAUUACCUGAGGGCCUUGAUUCUAUAUACGAAGAACUAAUGGUUCGCAUCGAAUUGCAGAAUCCUAGAGAUCACGCAGAUCUCGCAAUCAAAGUUCUUGGCUGGAUAUUUUAUGCUGCUAGACCCCUGACAGUCAUCGAGGUACAGCAUGCUUUAGCUAUCGAGCAGGGCGACAACUAUCUUGAUCAAGAUGGCAUACCGAGCCGGGAUUUACUGGUAUCCGUGUGUGCUGGGUUGGUUAUCAUCAACAAGAACAGCAACACCAUCAGCCUCGUUCAUUACACAACACAGGAGUAUUUUCAACGUGGAGGAAAACGCCUCUUACAUGACGCAAAUAAGGAAAUCGCUUCUGCUUGCUUGACAUAUCUACACUUCGAUGUCUUCGAUUGCCAAAUUGAAGACCUGGAAAAUCAAGAGUUUUUCCUAGACUUACUACGAGACUAUCCUCUUCUCUCUUACGCAGCUCAGCACUGGGGGGAUCAUCUAAGAGAAGCAUGCGACGAUGAAGCCAAUCAGCGGGCUGUUGAACUCCUAGAAUACGAUGCCAAGGUACACCUUAUCACCUGGGUGAAGGACUACACAGAUAACUUAGCUAAGCGCACAUACUUCCGACCACGAACAAAGGUUUUGGGCUUAGCUCUGGCCUCUUCUUUUGGACUCACAAGCGUAGCAUCGGAUUUGAUAGAGUCAGGCUCGUCGGUUCAUGACAGGGACUCUAACGGGCAGACCGCAUUGCAUCGCGCAACAGAGAAUGAGCAUGCAGAUACAGCAGCAUUGCUUCUUAAACUUGGUGCUGAAGUUAACUUCAGGGACGUUGCUGGCUGGUCACCCCUACACAAAGCUUCGGCUCAGGCCGACGAUGUAAUGGCCAAAUUGCUGAUCGAGAAUGGUGCGGAUAUCGAUCUGGUUGACGGUUACAGUGCAACACCGUUGUACCGAGCGGCUGAAGCGGGCGCAGAGAAGGUCGUUAGACUUCUUCUGUCCAAAAAUGCCAACAUAGACGCCCGGAAUACUUAUCUUCAAACUGCCCUACAUAGAGCAGCUGACAAGGGAAAUUAUCCCAUAGUACACUUACUCCUCAAGCAUGGUGCAGAUACUAAGGCAAAAGAUCACUACGGAUACACACCAUUUUAUCGGGCAGCUGAUCAGGGACAUGAAACAGUCGCAAGAUUAUUGCGGACUCACUUCCUAAAGAGUUGA